CGAAGCUUGGAAUUAAGGUCGCAGGGGGUUCAUCGGACAAAAGUGCAGGAGGAAACAGCAAGCAGCAAAAAGAUAUUAAAGGCACGCCGACAACAGAGCAGUGCGGGGUGGCGGGGAUGACGGGGCGGAAAUUCAGACUGUCAGUUCCGUCCGGGGAUAAUCCAUCGGCUUCGCCGUUGUCGACAUCAACUGCCACCUCUUCUGAUCCGCACCCGCGGUUGCGGCUUUGCGAACUGGAUGUUCAUGUCAGCGGGACCACAACCACGAUGAGCAAGAACGAAAACGUCCGUCGUGACACCGGUCCGUUCCGCCAAAUGCCGAUCUUGACGCAGACCUGCCCCACCGGCAUGGAAAUCACGUCGAAAAGCAUGUGCCGCGACGCGCACGCCUACGUCUUUGAAACAAUGGCAAAAGAACAAGCGACUGGAGCAGGACCGAAAGAGCCGAAGAUCGAAGGCGACGCCGCUUUCCCCGUCGGCUGCAGCAUCGACACGACUGCGCCGGCGGCGACCGGCGCUGCGGACGCGGCUGUGCUGCGGUACAAGAGCCCAGUUAUUGGUGGCGCUUCUGGAACUACACCGGCGAAUAAGCCGACGAAAACCGUGUCAAUUGGAAUUGGCUUUGGGACCACGCAAAACACAAUCAACCAGUCGUACGGAAACACAGUUAGCGGCAAGGACCUGAAUAAACAAGGAACUUCAGCAGCGAUUACAACAAACCCCACGACGGAACAAACAAGUUUUUCCCCUCCGACCUCCGUUCUUUCCGGCCGGACGCGUUUGCUUUGCCGUGGCGCCAUGACGGAACCCGAGCCGGAGCUUGCGCUCGCAAUCCAGACGGACGCCCCGGAGUUCAAAUACGACGGAACCGCUUGGUCGGUGCAGAAGGCGACGGACUUUGGCAGUGGCAACUUCGUUAUCAAAUGCAAAUCUGUCUGGGUCUGGAAGAAUGCAAACUGCUCAUGCAUAUUCUCCAUGCCCCAUGAGGUUUGGAAUGCAGGACCUAGCAUGACAGAGUCUGUGAGGUCUCUGUCAUGCCUCUCCUGCAUGAGAAACUCUCACCCAACUUGAUCGAAAGAGGACAGCUUUUGGCAGUCAUGCAGCACAGAUUUUUGCAUGAUUUGGUUUUAGCAUGACAAGUUUUAUCAAUCUUCCAGACCCAGACAUUUUUGCAAGUCAUAUUCGUCACAGACGCUUAUUUCAAGCCCGCGUCUACGGUGAUUCUCUCAAUGAACGCAAACACCGUCAGUUUCGAUUUGAAGAAGGACCAGAAGCAAAAACCGACCUCCCCGGGCGGGGCGCGGUCUGUCGCCUCCAAAUCGCUGUCCGAGUUAGUGCAAGCACCCCUAGGAAACGUGGCUUUGAACGGGAACGUGGUGAAAACAAACGGGUUAUGGAGUGCAAAUAUGUCUGGGUCUGAAAACUUGUGAUGCAAGUCCGUGAGCAAUAAAGUGCUCUGUAAUGCGCCGCCAAGCACGACAAGUUUUUUCGUGUUUCUGUGCUGCGUAUUUCGCAUGAGAAACUGCGCUUUUGCAUGAUAGGCAAGAGGACCUCUUGGUGGCCACGCAAUACAGAGUGCAGAGUCAUACUAGACUAGCAUGAGAAGUCUCGCAAUCUUCCAGACCCAGACACUGUUGCAGUUGAUACGGGUUCAUGGCCGGGGAGGUGUCUGCCGGAAAACUUUCGGUCCCGACCGCAGACGUGUUCAACGUGUACUCUACUAUCCAAGUGGACCAAAUGACCGGCGCACCUUACGCCUUCGCGCAAACCCCGGAUGUUAGGCACGCGCCGCCCCUGGACAGAUUGGUUUUCAACGGGUACACAACGGAAAAUAAAAUGCGGAUCGGGUUAUGGAGAAGCGAACUAGGGGAUCUAGCGCAACAAGCAGGUCUUCUGCCGACGAAACAGACACAGACGGUGGUAUCGCUGUUGGAACAGGAGGAAAUAAAGGGGACUACUUCGAAGAUGAAUCACUUCCAAAUCCCUACCACCGUCCUUGGCAACACAGUCUACUCCCAGACGCAGCAAGCUACCGGUACAGCUUUGCAGAACCUACCUACAACAUCCUCUUCUACUGGUCAAUCUAAUGAUAAACUCUCUUUGAUGCCGCGGUCCGGCGAGGGCGUGGGCUUGCAGUCGAUCGCAUCCGGGGUGGCGGAUUUCCAGGCGGACAAGAAGCAGUUCGAUAGCCGGUUUCACCCCGUGCAGGUCUUCGUGCAGCCGCAAGGGCCGCACCUGGCGCUGGAGAUCUUGGAUGACGAAAAGGACUUCCGCUACGCCGGUGCUGCGUGGGACGAGUACGGCCCGAAAACGAUUGGAAAAAGAUCGAAAAUCCAUCCAGGAUACAACUUUGCGAUCAAGGCACUGCAGGUCGAGCAGAACGGGAAGCUUGGCCCGCUGUUGUUCCUCCGUAGCGAGGAUCAAGGGAAGUCCCUGCGGGAUUUGCUGACCGACACGUCUAGUGGCCGGGAGAUCAGCUUGAAAAACAACGACCAAACGCUAGCCGCGAAACAGAAAGCCGCACAGCAACAGGCGAUUUUUGCCCAGAAAAGUAGUAGAAGUGCCACGUCUAAGCAAACGGACAGGCAAACGGCCGAUCCUUGCGACGUCGGCGACUACUUCGUGGACAGUGCGGCUUGCAUCGAAAAUGUGAAGAAGUCCGUCGUGCCGACUGCGGUGAACUGGCUGCACAGCGGCGGGAAAAGUUUCCCGACCGCGAGCAAAAAUGCGGAGAAGGGGGAAGUUCUGUGCACCACGGAUGAGGACAAAGGCGUGCACUUUUUCAACGGCGAAUUUGUGACGGACACCAAGCAGUACCAGCAGGUGAGGCUGGGACGGUUUCAAAGUGGUAUCGAUCCGAUAUGGGAUUCUCAAACGUUACAUUCUCAACUGUUACAUGGAUUUGUCAUGCAAAAUUGACAUAAUUGCCCUGCACUUGAUCAAGGUGCUUAGCAUGACAAAUUUUCGAAGGGCUAAACACCAUGAUACUCUGUGGAAAAUCUGUGAUGCGAAAGUUGCAACGUUGCCACUUUCACUGUUGCUGUUCUUGCAUUACAAAUCCAUGUAACAGUUGAGAAUGUAACAUUUGAGAACGCCAUAUCCGAAAGCCUGUUCGUUCCCCGAGUCGAGUAGCGGGGUCGGGUUGUCUUCCGUCGCGUCGGGGAAAGAGUCCUCCUCUGGCGCGGUCUUUGAGCCGGUCCGAGUUUUUGUCUUCGCCUUGUCCGACUCCACGCCACUGGAAGGACAAGAAGAGCCUGCUGGUGGUGGUGCUACUGCCAAUUAUGCCCCGCCUGCUGUGACGCUGUUUGAAAGUUCGCGAAAGUCUUGGUUUGGAUCGGAGGAGGAAGGUGAAAGUGGCAGUGCUAGUGGUACCCGACCGGAUACAACAACGGAUUCGGCAUUGCUGGAGAGUGAAUUCGCAGACGAGGAACAAGCCAGCAAAUCACAGUCAGACCAAGCCCCUGUCGUCACCGCGGUGAAAAAGCAAGCAGAACUGCUGGGUUGCUACGCGAUGGGCCCUAUCCUGUGCAAAAGUAUCGUACUCGUAUGGAUUGCAGUCAUGCAUGACAGAUCUACUGGGUUCCUAGCGAAUUCAGCAUUAGAAAUUCCAUUUUUGCUUCUGGAAAAAUUUGUAAUGCUAUUUCCACUAGUACGAUACUUUUGCAAUGCAUAGGCCCGACGACCACCCAGUCGGAGAAAAAUCCGGACUACAGCAAACCCGCGAAGUCCUCCUUUCAAACGUAUCCUGUGCAAAAGUAUCGUACUCGCAUGGAUAUCAUGCAUUACAAAUCCCUUUGUUAAGGUAAAUCAGCAUUACAAAUUUUAUUUCUCAUGCUGAGGAAAUUUGUAAUGCAUUUAUACGAGCACGAUACUUUUGCAGUCCAUAAAACGGUGCAAGCCGCGAAUUUCCCGGCGAUGGUGCUGGUUUCCAAACUGACCCAGGAAACCUGCUCCGGCAUGUGCGGCUCCUUUCCCUUCUUCGGGCUCUACGGUGGCGACGCGGUUUCCUGCAGGUGCGGCGACAAAAAUGCCACCGCGGAACUCACCAAAGUGGACGAUGUCGAGUGCAGCAAAGGGCUGUACGAUAUCGAAGGGUGCAACCUGGACGCCGAGUACUGCGGCGCGACCGAUCGGAUUGCCGUGUACAGCACGAGCUUUAACCGGGUUUUGACCGAAGAACUGUGGACGGACGGGGCGGACUUGACCGGCACCGCCGACCAACCGUCUGUGAAGCAAACGGUUCCCGGGAACUUCACAGCGGACACUUGCUCCGAGCAGUGCUUGGCGACGAACUGGUGCGCGGGGGUGCUCGUCGACCCUUCGUCGUUGACCGAGGGGUGCAUUUUGACCGCGACGUUAGCUCCGUCGAAAACGACCCCGGGCACGUAUGCGCAUUACCGGUCGUUGCUCCCCACCGCACUCUACACAGACGGGUACGUUCGGGUUGCGAGUGGCAUGGUGCUGGAGGGCAAAAUCCUCCCCGAUUUCGCGAUCGUCACGGAGCGGCAACUGGUCCGGAUCGGGGAGAGCGGGAACAUGGUGAACAGCACGGCAACGGACGACACGACGGAAACGGUUAUCCUGAGUAAAAACGUCCCCACACCAGAGUCAAGAGGGGAAAUCUGCUAGGCAAAUCAACCAGCUUUGGUUGUUUGGCAUGACAAGUUUGUCCUCGUAGUGUAAUCCUUUUUUGCUAGGUUCAGAAGCAUCACAGAUCUAGCAUAGCAUGCUGAUUCCAGCAUCACAAAUUCCAAAACACGAACAGCAAAUGCUUCUCAUCGGGCUCCGCAUGAGAAACUUUUUUGGCAUGCAGAAUUGCGUGACAACUAUGGGGUGGGGACGUUUUUACAAAUGAUAACGGUGCGACUCUCCUCCACGAUGUGUCGCAGUCUGUGCGACGACGCGGUGCCGACUAUCGAGAGGAAAAAUCCCCCCUCCCCAUAUUGAAAAGGCAUGUUUCCGAAAAUUUGUGUUGCUGAUUUGAGGUCACAAAUCACAUUUGUCUUGCAAGAAGGCAAGGGCAGAAGCUUCCGCCCCAUUAUGGAGGCGAUUUGUCAUGCUGUUGGGCCUAAAGGGGAGCCGCUUGCCAUGCUGAACAACUAGACGCGUGCGCCCCUACCUAGCCUGGGGGCCUGACUGCAAUGCUUUCCUGCAGUACAAAGCUGAUUUGUGCACUCAAAUCCAGCGUCAGAAGUUUCGUUUUGAUAUGGGGAGGGGGGACUUUUCCUUUUAAUACCGACGUGCGGUGGUUUUGUGUACAACAAGAUCGGCGGGAAUUGCGAUUUCUACUCCGCAGCGACCGUGCGCGCAGUGCCCGCGACUUUAUCUGAUCCGGGCGGGAUCGCAGCGUUUUUGCGGAUUUCGACGCCGCAGAGCUUGACCCCGGAGUCCGUGCCGAUCAAGGAUCUUUUCGAGAAAGCGUUGCUGAGCGCGCCCAUGCCACUUUGGCGGGAGGGGGCCGCGAAACUUGCGGGGAGCACACCCGAAUUCCCCGCCCUCGUCCCGAGAUUUUCCCGGACGGCGGACUUGAUUUGCCCCACCGGGUACAGACGGAAGCUCGGGUUCUUCCAGCACAUCGACUUGGUCACGAACGACGCAAACACGAUCCAGAACGUCGGCAUCGAGGAGUGCACCGCGGAAUGUGAAAAGCGGGACAAAGAUUGCGAGUCCUUCGAGUACAGCGUGAACAAAAGACACUGCAUUUUGCAAGCCAGUUCCUACGCGACCUCAACGAGAUUCGACGACUUUGUGCUCUGCAUGAAGGCGGAUAUCGUCACCACGAAAGCAGGAGGGACUUUGGGUAUCGAACCCGCGCAGAAGCACAUGGGCUGCUUCGACUCGGACUUGCUCGCCAACCCGGAAACGACCCCCUGGACGCGCGCGACCAGCUACCCGGUGGGGGAGAGUGCGAGUGUCGCGGAGUGCCGGGAGUGGUGUUUGAUUGCCGCGAAGCAGACGUUGAUCACCGCGGAAAACGCCGAUCGGGAAGCAAAGAAUCUGACCGCGAACGCGACCGGUGCGGAUGUCGGACCGGCGCCGACCCAUUACUUCGCCGUUGGGGCGAGUGACUGUUUCUGCAGCUUGUUUUACCUGCCGGACUCGAUGGACAGCUUGCGAAAGCCGGAUUCCCAGUGCGGCCCCUGCACGGCGAAGGGCGAGGACCCCAGAUUCCCCUGCGGCACGCCGGCGGGGGUGCCGGGGCGGCGG